AUGGUUAAUAGAGUGCGGUCGUUAUCGGCAGCUUCUCAAGGAAGCCGUCCAGAAACCUUACUGCCUACUAUCGCAACCGACCCCACCGAGUUAGAUAGCGAUGUGACGCCGAUGAUAAUGCAAAGCCCGAGUUUCCGCAAACACAGUCGCAAACGGUCCUCAACUGUGUACAUAGCACCGCGCCAAACCUCACCGCCCUCGAGCUCCGCUGCGGAGAAGCCGGUGGCAGUCAGCCAACGCAGACUUGCCUCGCUUUUUUCCGGUGUAGGCGCUUUGGCCGGUGCCCAAGCGCUCACCAAGCUCAUGACGUUUUUUGUCAAUCAGAUUGUCAUGAGAUUCAUCGAUGCUCGCGAGUUCGGCGCGUCCGCCCAGCUCGAAUUUGUAGGUAUCUCCGUGUUGUCUCUGGCUCGCGACGCCGUCCGGUUUGCCUCCCAAAGACAAACCCUGUCACACUCCCACGCCGACGAGUAUCGUGUCGAUGGUACUGCUGUUCACGGAACGCGCUCAGGUACUAUUCAGGAGACCAUCAACCUGGCUUACUGCUCGAUCGCAAUUGGCGUACCCCUGGCAAUCUUUAUGGCUUGCUUUAUGGUUCACGCCAGCGAUGGGUCUAGCAUCAGCAUUGUUUCAGCCGUAAUGUAUGGUGCCGCCUCAAUUUUCGAGCUGGCAGCCGAGCCGUGCUUUUUGAUCAACCAGCUUCAGAUGAACCUCCGCGCUCGGGCCCAAGUUGAGGCCCUCAGUGCUGUAUCCAGGACUCUAGUUACCUUCUUACUUAUUGUUGGCGCACAUUCACCGGCUGUCUUUGCUUUUGCUUCCGGCCAGUUGACGUACGCCGUUGUUUAUUGCAUUGCUUUUUACCUGCAAAGCUUGAGCGAGUUCCGCGAGGGCACGUUUAAAAUGUACUUGUGCAAAGUAUGGGCACCAAUUGGCAAUGAUAAAGCUUAUCUUGACACGCAGAUUUCAAAACGCGCUCUAGGUAUGGGUGCACAGACCAUGCUCAAGUACUUUUUAACUGAAAGCGACCGCCUGCUGGUUUCGCUAAUGAUCUCGCUUGAACAACAGGGAAUAUAUGCCCUGGCGUCGAACUAUGGUUCGUUAUUGGCCAGACUGGUGCUUUUCCCCGUUGAGGAAGCUUUACGGGCUCUAUUCUCCAAGUCACUCCCUCAGAAGGGUUGUUCAGAAGACAACGAAAACACCUCCAAAAGCCCCACACCCACUAUAAAGAUUGAGCCCAUUUCCCCGAGUUUCCAGCUGCACACAGUAAACGGAUCAAAGACAGAGGAGGAAGAAAAGGAAGAGACCAACGAGGUGAAUUUGGCGGUCUUGGUGUUGACUACAGUGUUGCGAGUGUAUCUAUAUAUCGGCCUGGCCGCCUGGGCUUUAGGGCCCCACGUUGCUCCGUAUCUUCUGUCCCUGCUAGUCAGUAGUCGGUGGGCAGCCUCUGACGCUUCCAAGGUAUUGGCAGCGUAUAUGAUGUAUAUCCCCUUUCUUGCCCUGAACGGAGCUCUCGAAGCGUUUGUGCAGUCGACAGCCUCGCUAAAAGUCCUGCGCAAACAGAGCAGCGCUAUGGUCUUCAUUGCCAUUGCCUUUGUGGUCGUCUCGUACAUCUUUAUGCUGGUCAUGAAUCUUGGUGCUGUCGGUCUAGUUUGGGCUCAGGUCGUAACAAUGUCCCUACGGAUUUUGUGGGCUAUUUGGUAUGCUCGGGAUUAUUUCGCCAACGAAACUCAAGUUGGCCAGUGGAUUCCCAAUGCUCUUCCGUCUCCGCUUCCUGUUGGUUUUGCUGCGGUAAUUACCGGUAUCGUGGUUAACCAGGGCACUGUAAAAGACCUUGGACAGCUGCUGGUUGCGGCCACAUUGGGCAUAGCUUUUGUGGCUGUUACAGUUUACGCUGAGCGAGAUUCCAUUCGCAAGAUCAAAACUCUAGCAGGCUCCACCAAGGAGUCAAAGGCCGAAUAA